UGUCCUUUUCCAGACUUCUUUGUGCCAACUAAAUCUCUCCGAGACAACAUGACACGGUCACUGAGGAAUAUAUACCUUUCAACGUAGCCUAUACUAUACAAUUUGGACAAGCAACUAUCUGACACUUUCUUUCUUAUGGACUUUGUUUUUCAACUUUCCAAAUAUUGCAUUUCCAGCAGGAGUCUUUGAUACCACUGAAGGCACUGUUUGCAGAGCCAGCGUUUGACGUCAGGACUCUGUUGGACGUAGAGGCACAGCCAUGGUGCUGAUCCUGGGCCGGAGGCUGAACCGGGAGGACUCGGGGGUGCGCGACUCCCCUGCAGUGAAGCGCAAGGUGUUCGACGUGGACUCUAAGAACCUGAGCGGCCAUGACGAUGCGUUCGACUUCUGCUCGGGCGGCCUGCAUGGCGAGGGCAUUUUGCAGGCCUUCAACGAGUUCCGCGACAACCGCCUCUUCACUGAUGUGGUGAUCUGCGUGGAGGGCCGGCAGUUCCACUGCCACCGUGCCGUGCUCUCGGCCUGCAGCAGUUACUUUCGUGCCAUGUUCUGCAACGACCACCGCGAGAGCCGCGAGAUGUUGGUGGAGAUCAAUGGCAUCCUGGCCGAGGCCAUGGAGACCUUCCUGCAGUACGUCUACUCAGGCCGUGCCAAGAUCACCACACACAACGUCCAGUACCUCUUCGAGACCUCCAGCCUGUUCCAGAUCUUCCCGUUGCGUGACGCCUGCGCCAAGUUCCUGGAAGAUCAGCUGGACCCGUGCAACUGCCUGGGCAUUCGCCGCUUCGCCGACACCCACUCCCUCAAGCAGCUGGCCAGUCGCUGCCGCGCCUACACCCUGCAGAACUUCGCAGACGUGGCGCAGCACGAGGAGUUCCUAGACCUGCGCAAGGAGGAGCUGGAGGAGUACAUCGCCAGUGACGAGCUGACCAUCGGCAAGGAGGAAAUGGUGUUCGAGGCGGCCAUGCGCUGGGUGUACCACAGCACGGCCGAGCGCAAGACCGUGCUCAAAGAACUGCUCCAGCACGUGCGCCUGCCGCUGCUGCACCCCAACUACUUUGUCCAGACGGUGGAGGGCGACCAGCUCAUCCAGGUGGACCCCGACUGCUACCAGCUGCUGCACGAGGCCCGGCGCUACCACGUGCUGGGCAACGAGAUGAUGUCCCCCAGGACCCGGCCACGCAGGUCCACAGGCUUCUCAGAGGUGAUUGUGGUGGUGGGAGGCUGUGAGAGAGUGGGCGGUUUCAACCUGCCCUACACCGAGUGCUACGACCCCGUCACGGGCGAGUGGAGGUCUCUGGCCAAGCUGCCCGAGUUCACCAAGUCGGAGUAUGCAGUCUGCGCCCUCAGGAACGACAUCCUGGUCUCAGGUGGCCGCAUCAACAGCAGGGAUGUGUGGAUGUACAACUCGCAGCUCAACCUGUGGAUCCGAGUGGCCUCCCUCAAUAAGGGGCGUUGGCGUCACAAGAUGGCAGUCCUCCUGGGGAAGGUGUAUGCUGUAGGAGGCUAUGACGGGCAGUGCCGCCUGAGCAGCAUGGAGUGCUACGACUCCUUUUCCAACCGCUGGACGGAGGUGGCCCCCAUGAAGGAGGCCGUCAGCUCACCGGCCACAGCCAGCUGCGCGGGCAAGCUCUUCGUUAUCGGGGGUGGGCCCGACGACUACAACUGCUCAGACAAGGUCCAGUGCUAUGACCCAGAGACGGACAGCUGGUUGCUGAGGGCCAGCAUCCCCAUCGCCAAGCGCUGCAUCACUGCCGUCUCCCUGAACAACCUCAUCUACGUGGCCGGUGGGCUGACCAAAGCCAUCUACUGCUACGACCCGGCGCAGGACUACUGGAUGCACGUGGCCAGCACCUUCAACAAACUGGAGAGCUGUGGCAUGUCUGUGUGUAAUGGGAAGAUCUUCAUCCUGGGCGGUCGGGGUGAGACGGGCGAGGCCACGGACACCAUCCUGUGCUACGACCCGGCCUCUGGCAUCAUCACCGGCGUGGCCGCCAUGCCCCGGCCCAUCUCCUACCACGGCUGUGUCACCAUCCACCGCUACAACGACAAGUUCCACCGGCCUUGAUAACAGCACUAAACACACACACACACACACACACACACACACACACACACACACACACACACACACACACACACACACACACACACACAUAAACACAUUAAAAUAACCUAGGACUCAGAAACACACAUGUAAAGAUACAAUAAUGGACCCAUUUUCAUGUAUAUAGAAAAAAAAACUAGAAUCCACAUGUACAGUGACACAAAUACAUAAAGUCAUUUCUUCACAAGCUCCUUGGAACUCAUUUACAGUUUAACUAUAUAUGCUCGGCUGAUUGCUCUCUCUUUCCUACAUGAUUGGCCUUCCUCAGAGUGGUCGGUACGCCUCACCUUUGUACGAUGGCGCACAGCUCAGCACACCAGCACGCUCACAGGUCAAAAGGUCAUGUUUCCCAUAAGCCCAGAGACUAAAAAUGAAUCCUUAUCGCCCUCAUAAAGGACAAUGACCUGUUCUUCGGAACAGGCCGAUUGUGAGGGUGACUAUGAAAGGUAUCAUUACUUUCCUCAUCUCGGGUUGUUUGUAAUCAAAGCAGUAACGAGAGAACUAGGUUCCACCUGGUUCUACUGGGUUCUAGCAGCUGCCAGUGGGUUCUGGUAGUGUUGUUUCUCAAGGCACUGUUCUUUUCACAUGGCUCCUUAUUUUGUUAGUCAAUAUAUUUUACCCCCCCCCUCUCUUCCGUCAUUGUGUUUAUACCCUCAUGUUGUGAAGUAUGUGUUGAUUUUAUUGAUUUUUUUUUAUAUCAUCUUAAGUUAUGUUUUGUAAGCUAUUUUACUACGUGUAGCAUAAUUAGAUAUGGUAUUCAUGUGUAGAUGUUGUUUGUACUGACACUAGUUUAGAGUGUAAGGUAGAGACUGGGUGAGUGGUUGAGUGAUUUCUAUUUCUUUCUGUGGGACAAUUGUGAGACUGCACACAGGGCUUGCUUUCUGACAGGCUGACAUACCAAAAUUCAUUUGGUUAUGUAAUAUUCACUGACAAAAAGUUUCAUUAAGAACCUCAAUAACCUUUCUUGUUCAACAAGAAUGUGAAAGAACUCAACUUCCUGUAUAUGAACUUUACAUUUUGACACAUCUUUUACUGUUCUUAAGACUAAAAAUAACAACCUUCAUUCCUUCAUUGGAAGGAACUUUUAAGAUUCAAAGCCUGUAGCGCUCAAAGCCCUGGAGAACAGUAUUUAUUGAAUUGCUGUUUUCGCUCUGCAGAGAAACAAAAACUGUGUGUGGUGGAUGUAUCUUGCAGUAACCCACAUACAUAUAUACAGGUGUGCUUAGUAGUGAUGUAGUCUUGGUGUGGGCCUUGUUUGGGUGAUUGAUGAUGUCUGGUUAAUGAGGAUUGAAUGCGUUCUCAAUAACGGUCAGUAAAUGUAUUGCCGCUGGAAUAGAAUUGUAUUGCUGUGAAACAAUUUUUUUUUUUGUAUUUAAAUGUUUCUAUUUUGCAUUUUAAUACCAAUCGUGCCUUUUAAAUGUCCUUUCAAAACUUAAGAGCCCCAGUUAUGCACUUGUGUGGAUGGGAUCCAACUUAUUUCUUUUCUGAAUGUCAGGAUUGGAGAUGCAUAGAAGGCUUUCUUUUCAUUUUAUUUUAUUUACUUUCUGAUUUUCAAGUGUGUGUGUGUGUGUGUGUGUGUGUGUGUGUGUGUGUGUGUGUGUGUGUAGGAAGCACAGAGGAGGUCAAACAGCCUCCUCUUGAUCCAAUAGCCUGCCAGAAGAUGUGAACUGGCUAACAUCUGUACACGUUCAGGGACAUGACACCGCCACAGGAAUGUCUCAGGCCUAGUUGGAGCCGAGGGGAAAUAAGAGUCAGAGGCUCAUAGCACUACCAUGGAGCUGAAGCCAUAAUUAGCCCAGUUUAGCAGCGCCACACAUGCCAGCCUCCCCUCGUCAUCCACAGAUAGCGACAGGAAUGCUGGCACUGCUCACGGAAAUGUUGGAGCUCCUCUCUUGGGAAGAUCUCCACACACACACACAAUACUGUAGAAAUACACAAAGACAAAGUGAUAAAAGAAACAUACAUGCACACACACAUACAAUGAGGAAAACAGUGAGAGAGGCAUAGACACACACACAGACAGAGUGAUAGAUAGUUUCAUGCACACACACACACUGUUGAGGUCUUUAGCCCCUGGAGACAGACUGCCUUUGGUGUGUGCUUACAUAUUGUAGCAUGCACACGUGAGAGGGCUAAAUGAGUCUGGUGGACUGUCAUCGUCACAGAGUUCAACCAACUAUUAGGGUGUCAGCAUUUUAUGACUAAUAAAACACCUGGUUUUUUUUUUUUUUUUUUUUUUUCGUUGUUCCUGCCUUUCAUUGAUUUUGCUUAUUUUUUGUGUUUUUAGGGUUGUGGAAAUGUGUGUGUGUGUGUGUGGUGUGUUUGUGACUUGUUUUUUUGUAAGGGUGAUAUUUUGUUUUGGGAAGGAUUGAGUGUGAUCCUCACCUCCGAUUUAUUUGCUGGCCAACUACAUGUGUAGGGCUGCAUGGUUAAGGCUUUAAUCAAGAGCAUCAGGCAUGAGCACGUGCUGUCAUAUCACCAGGAACCAAGUCAGUCAGAGCUGCCUUUAGUCUGGGGAGACUACUGGACAGUUGUUUGGAGUGAUGGAGCGCGUGGGAUGAGGGAAGGAGUGUAUGAAUGGGUGACCUAGUGUAAAAUUAGUGCCUUUUCCUUGUGCGAAUGGACAUUUUUAUCAUGUAGUCGUGGAAAAUGGUGUGGUAUACCAGAGAUAACUGCAGGGUGUGGAAAUCUAGAAAUGAUGUAAGCAUAAGAACUCAGAGGGCCUGGUGCGCCAGCUUCCUGCACAAUGCUAAAUUUAUGGAUUUAUGGAGUAGUGUUAUUCAUAUCAUGCACUCAUGCACAGCACUUGUCAGCCAAAUAGAAAAGAGCCCUGAACCAGACAGUGCGUAAAAUGUGCCUCAGAGAUCUUGUGUUGAAAUGGAACGAUCAAUUUGAGUGCCUUUGUUAUCUCUCUUUAACAUGCCUGAUGAUUGACUUCUUUGCUAAUUGUUUUGUUUUUUCUUUCUGACAGUUAUGUUUGUAAUGCUACAAUAAAGCCUGUUUGUAUGCAAAUAA